AUGCAAGUGACUUGUCUCAAUUCGCCUCUCUGCGACGCUUGUUCUACGAUCCCACGAAAAUCACGUGCCGCAAUGUCUGAUCAUCCUUCGCCCUCCGCUGCUGGUGCUGAGACCAAGCAGUCCGGCCAGAUACACUUCAAGUUCUGUCGCGAAUGCUCCAACCUUCUUUAUCCGAAAGAAGACCGCGUCAACAAUCAGUUGAUGUACACGUGCCGUACCUGUCAUGUCAGCGAGCCAGCUUCUUCCCACUGUGUCUAUCAAAACAAUCUGCACAGUCAGGUCGGCGAUACUGCUGGUGUCACCCAGGAUGUCACGUCUGACCCCACGGUUCGUCCUCCUGGUUUUUGUCUCCUAUGCGGUGACAUUAUCACUUGUGUUUUUUGCGUUCCCCUCGAAGAGGAUGAUCUUGAGCCUGUGCUGCCUGCGAGUGCUUGCCUGGAUUCUUCGGAGGUUGAGUCCAAGGCCUCUGCCUCCGAACUCUCCACUGCCACCUCUGACUGCGGCGAAACCGAAGCCGUCUUUUUCCAAUCACAGCAACGAUCUGCCGAAACCGGCAUGAAACUUUACUACGUCUGCUGUGCAUGCGGCCAUGUCUACAUGUGA